CAUUGUUUUUCUGCUAAUCUUAUGUGUAAAUUGGUAGAAGGGCUCUAGCGGCCGUCAAAGUGGUGGACGCUGAUUGGUUGAAUUGGUGUGUUGCGUCACCAGCUCCCGCGGAAGUGCUGAGGAUUGGAAAAUAGAGGUUAUGCUGCAACGAGCAGCACAGCGCGUGAAGGAGACGUUUACCUAGUACAGCCAUGAGCUGAGGCUCUCCAGACCUGCCUUUCUCCAUGAUGAACGACAAGCUGGUGUUCCUGGGUCUCCUUUACUUCAUCCAGGGUAUUCCCUAUGGGCUGCAGUCGUCCCUGCUCCCGGUGUACCUACGAGGUGCUGGUCACUCCCUCACUCGCAUCAGCCUUACCAAAGUCCUCUAUUUCCCCUGGGUGCUCAAGGUCUUCUGGGCUCCUCUGGUGGACCAUACAGGCACCAAGCGCUGCUGGUUGGUAGGCACGGUGGCUGGUCUGGCCCUCACCUGUCUGCUCAGUGCCACUAUAUCACCUGAUGUUCAAUACAUGGGUAUAGUGGGCUCCCUGCUGGCCAUGAACGUGCUGGCAUCGGUGCAGGACAUUGCAGCAGAUGGGGCAGCUGUGCGUCUGCUGAGGGGGCAGGGAGAGCUGGGCCUGGGGAACACGGUGCAGGUGGUGGGGUACAAGGCUGGGUCUGUGUUUGCAGGAGGGGGGCUUCUGGCUGUGAUCGAUGUGGCAGGCUGGGGAUGGAUGUUUGCCCUGUUGGCCUGUGUGUACGGUGGUGUAGCUCUGUUCGUGUGGGGCGCCCCGGUGUUGGAUGGAGAGUCUGUGCGGGGACAGGUAGAGGGACGGAGAGGGACGAGGGAUGCGAUGAAGCCAUGGAAGGUGUGGAGGAAGCUGUUGUCUGUGCCAGGAACAGCAUGGACAGUGCUCUAUGUCCUUACUUACAAGCUAGGUGAACAAGGGGCUAUCACCAUGUUUCCACUCUUCCUUUUGGACCACCACAUGACGGCCAGAGAGCUGGGGGUCUGGAACGGCAUGGUUGCCAUGGCAUUCUCCAUCUGUGGUUCUUCAAUCGGGGGCUUCUUACUCUCUCAGUACAGUAUCGGUAUGCUGAUGAGACGUGUGUUUAUGAUGCGGACUCUUAGUAUGGUCCUCCAGAGCUCGUUGCUUGUUGUGCUGGAACCAUCACCCUUGAUGAAAGGUAUGGCAAUAUUGAGUCUGAGUUUGCAGCAUUUCAUCGCAGGUCUCAUCACCACUCUCACCUUCACCACAAUGAUGAACUGCACGCAGAGAGCCGAGGAGAGCAUACAGGCCACUCACUACAGUUUUUUGGCCACUCUGGAGGUCCUGGGGAAAUUGAGUUUUAGUGCCCUUGCUGGGGGCAUGGUGGACACUGUGGGCUUUCCCAUAGCCUUCAUCAUCUUCCUCUUCCUUACCUGCAGCAGUGCCCUGCAUGUGUGGAGAGCCACAGAGACUGGCAUCCUUAAGGAGCAGCUGAAAGGACAGCCGCAGUGACCUGCAUUAGCCUAUAAGAGGGCUGAGUGAGUGAGUGAAUCUGUGGAAGAGAGAGAGAUUGAAUCAUAUGCAGUGUAAGAUACUGGUAAACAAAUAACCAGUGGAGCAAAUAUGUGUUAUAUUUUGCAUUUAUAACGUAACCAGCAUUGAACUUGACAAGAGCCACACAAAGCACUCUCACUGGAAGCCAACACCUCUCAGUAGAACACUGCAAAACUUUAACAGAUUGAGUUAUUGCAACACCAUAAACUUGUCUGUUUGCUGUAACUGAGAAUGACUAAAUGUAUUAUUUAUUAUAUUACUUUAUUUGCUUCAUAUAUUUUCUAGGUAAAAGAUUCAAUGCUUAUUAGGGGUCAAGUCUAGUUUGGUUUAGUUAUACACACCCUAGUGAUUUACACAUUCUAUCAAAUACAACAUUUAUUCAACUUAGAAAUGAAACCCAAACAAGAAUUUAUUUUGAACGCACCCAGAAACAUUAUAGAUGGAGACAUGCGACUCAUAGAAAAAUUAAUGGGAGAAAUCGUAACGAUCCUUUCUUCCUUUCAGUUUAAAGAGUCUUUUUGGUAGCAUUUGUUUACUCUAGAUCAUAAAGCAGAACAUGCAUGCACAUUAAGUAGGCCAGCCUGAAAAAAUACAGUUUAUAAGAAGCUAAAUUUAUGAUAUCUUAUUUUAUUGCUGGUUUGAAAAACUUUCUUAAAAUGUAAUCUUGACAAACAGUUUUGGAGAUUUCAGUCUUUCCCCAUUCAAGAAGAUAGGAGCUUUAGUUUUAUGCUCAUUAACUGCAUAGAGAAUAGAUGCCCAGGGACAUUACCAAGAUGGCCACUAAGUGGACAGACUUGCCUUAAAAGGUUUUUGUCAAUUCAUCUGAUGCCCUCUGUCAUUGUCACUCAUUUAACAAAACAUCAAAAUGAUAUUACACUUGCAGCAAAUUCCAUUAGCUUAUUGCUUAUUGACCAAUCACCAGUAUGCUGCAUUUAAAAUCUAUUAUGCAAAUCCGAGUCAAUUAUGAGCAUAAACUGUGGUAUUUACACUAAAAGCGGCCAAAAGUUUGUAAUAAUGUACAGAUUUUGCUGUUUUGGAAGGAAAUUGGUACUUUAAUUCACCAAAGUGGCAUUCAGCUGAUCACACCUUAUCCUUGAGUAAUCAUGCUAAAUUGCUAAUUUGUUACUAGAAAAUCACUUGCCAUUAUAUCAGACAUAGUUGAAAGCUAUUUGGUUCGUUAAAUGAAACUUAACUUUGUCUUUGUGUUUGUUUUUGAGUUGCCACAGUAUGCAAUAGACUGGCAUGUUUUAAGGUCAAUAUUAGUUCAAAAAUGGCAAAAAAAAAAGAUACAGCUUUCUCUAGAAACUCGUCAGUCAAUCAUUGUUUUGCGGAAUGAAGGCUAUACAAUGCUUGAAAUUGCCAAAAAAACUGAAGAUUUCAAACAAAGGUGUACACUACAGUCUUCAAAGACAAAGGACAGCUGGCUCUAACAAGGACAGAAAGAGAUGUGGAAGGCCAGAUGUACAACUAAACAAGAGGAUAAGUAUGACAGAGUCGCUAGUUUGAGAAAUAGACACAUCACAUCCUCAGCUGACAGCUUCAUUGAAUUCUACCAGCUCAACAUCAGUUUCAUGAACAACAGAAAAGAGAAGACUCAGGGGUGCAGGCCUUAUGGGAAGAAUUGCAAAGAAAAAGCCACUUUUGAAACAGAAAAACAAAAAGAAAAUGUUAGAGUGGGCAAAGAAACACAGACAUUGGACAACAGAUAAUUGGAAAAGAGUGUUAUGGAUCUUAACCCCAUUGAGCUUUUGUGGGAUCAGCUAGACUGUAAGGUGCGUGAGAAGUGCCCGAUAAGACAGCCACACAUAUGGCAAGUGCUACAGGAAGUGGGGGGUGAAAUGCCACCUGAGUAUCUCGACAAACUGGCAGCUAGAAUGUCAAGGAUCUGCAAAGCUGGCACGUGGAGGAUUGUUUGCUGAGAACUCUUUGAAGAAGUUCUGAAUUACAAAUUGUAAAAGUAAUUUUUCAUGUUAUUAAUGUCCAGACUAGACAUUGUGAUCAGUUGAAUGCCACUUUGGUGAAUAAAAGUACACAUUUCUUUCCAUAAGAGCAAAAUCUGUACAUUAUUCCAAACUUUUGGCCGCCAGUGUAUAUGGCUUAGUGGAGUGCUUUUAUGUGUUCUCAAUGCAAUACUAUACCUGUAUUAAAGGGGUCAUAUCAUGAGAAAUGGAAUUGCUCUUGAUAUUUAAAAAAAAACAAGAGUUCAGUGUGCUUCCUCCUACAAAAAGACCUUAACAAUUUAAGCGUCACAUUUAAGCACAGAUUUUUCAUGAAACAGCUUGUUUGUAAGCAGAGUGCUGUUUCUAAUUUUACUCACAAAGAGGGCAUUUACAUUAAAGUCGUAAAGGCAGAGCAGCACAAAAUAGUUUUUUUUUUUUUGUUUUUUUUUUUGAGGGUUAGAGAAAAGGUUAUAAAUAGACAUGAAAACCUUUUUUCGAGAAAACUAAUAUAAGUGGACCUCAGGGGGGGGAAAAAUGAAAUGAUAAAAAUAUAUGACAUGACCCCUUAAAGGAAUAGUUCACCCAAAAAUGAAAAUUCUCAUUUGCUCACCGUCGUGCAAUUCCUGAUGGUUAUGACUUUCUUUAUUCUACUGAACACAAAGAUUUAUUUAGAAGAAUAUUUCAGCUCUGUAGGUCCAUACAAUGACAUGAGGUUGAGUAAAUGAUGAGAGGAUGUUGAUUUAUGGGUGAACUAUCCCUUUAAAUGUUUGUAAAAUACUGUACGCUGAAUCUGUUAAAUUCAUCAUGUUUUUGAGCCAAUAUUGCAUCAUUUCAGUACUUUUUCAGUUGUAUGCAUUUCCUAUGCAAUAACAUAAAAUGUAAUUCAUGGUUAGUACAGUAUAUAUAUAUAUAAAUACCUUUGCUUCAAAUUUGAUUGAAAACAAUAAUUAUGUUAAAGGUUCUUAAAGUGGUAGUAUAUCAUAUAUAAUAAAGUAAAUAUAGACUGGCAUCAUGAAUUGAUAUACACGCCUGUAAUGGUGGUAAAGGAUUGUGUAUAAUUCUCCAUCUUUCUAAUGCACUUCUUUCAUUUGUACAGCUCAUGUGUUUGAAUUGCCUUAUUUUAUUUUAUAAUUUACUACAGAACCAAAAAUGUGUAUAUAUUGUUUAGACUAUGUAGGCAUAUGUGUGAGAUUCACAGAAUCUAAUGUGUUAAAGAGGCCUUGAAGCUGUAAUGUGCUAUUAUUUUUCAUAAAAACUUAUUUUAGAGUUUUGCAGGGUAAUUUAAGGUUCAUAAAAAGCAUAAAAUAAAAUGUGCACAAAUGCACAACUGUACAUUUACAUAGUGCAGUUACUGUAUUAGUGCAAGGCACAAUGCUAAUUGAAAUCAGAAAAGGGGAAUUAAACAUUUUAACAAGUUAAUGCAAAUAAAUGAAUUGGCACAUGUAUAUAUAGCACUUUUCAUUUUAAUUUUUAGCAUUUAGAGUAGAAUAAUGUAUUGUUUUAAAACUAAAAAUGACAUAACUAGAUAUAGGCCAGUCUUUUUGUGAUUUUUUUAUUUUAUUUUUAUUUUGUAAUUACAGCCCCUUAAAGCAUAAAAAGGAGUCUUUGCCAUAUGAGCACUGACCAAAACAGAAUAAAAAAUAAAAGCUAUUUCUGAACCCUG